AUGGUUUCCGGCACGUUCAAGCAUGGUCCUGCUAAUGGCUACAAGCACACGCACACUAUCAUUUUCCUACAUGGUCGUGGCAGUAACGCAGAUGAGUUCGCUGGCGAGCUCUUCGAAAGCGAAGCCAGUGCAGAUACUACUCAACCAGACCAGGACCUGACGAUCCCGGCCAUGUCUCCCAAUAUUCGAUGGGUCUUUCCCCAGGCCCCAAUUCUGCGUUCUGAACGUUUUGACACGGAAAUGUCACAGUGGUUCGACAUGUGGUCUGUCGAAAACCCCGAGGAGCAGAGCGAGCUUCAGCGUGAUGGCCUAAAACAGAGCAUGAAGACAAUUCUCGACACCGUCCACACUGAAGAAAAGAUCUUACCUAGAGACCACAUAUUCUUAGCCGGUAUUAGUCAACGCUUUGCGACAGCCCUUGCCACGAUGCUCGCCGAAGGACAAGGAGGUUUUUCUGGUGUUCUAGGAUUGUCCAGCUGGAUGCCAUUUGCCAACAAGGCUGAGAAAGAAAUAGCAAAUUUCUCGCAAGAAAACGACGGCCAGCUCCGCUUAUUCACCGCAUUGCGGUCUCUCUACGGAAAUGAGGACGUACAGGACGACGCGAAGCAAGCAUCGCCCACCACGAUAAAGGCAACCCCUAUAUUUCUAGCGCAUGCGCUGGAUGAUAACGUUGUUCCUGUAGAGAACGGGGAACGUAUGCAGCAUAUUCUGCGCGAUGCCGGUCUGACAGUUGAAUGGCACAAGUAUGCGGACGGAGGUCACUGGGUGAACGAGCCUGAAGGCGUUGAUGACAUUUUGCGUUUCCUAAAGCGGUGUAUGUCCUUCUCGGACGACUAG